AGUUUUUUUUAUAACGGGGGGAAGAUUCAUUCGGGUCUCGGACUGUGUAGCUUGGGGUAGGAGAUGCAUGGAUAUUAAACAUUGUUUUUGCGUUAGUUAAAUGGAGCUUGAGAAAUUAUCGCGACGAUCUUAGGGAGGAUGAUGAAUACCGGGCAGAGAGAGACUGGUUACCUUGCAAACUAUUAAUGGACACUGAGGGAAGCGUUUAUGCAUUUUGUAAUCUUGAACAUGACUUCUGGCUUGGAUAAUGGGCUUGUAGGCCAAGCACGCUACGCCGAAACUUAUGUCAUAAAAGGCCGAGUACAAAGUCGGCACAACUAGUACUAAGCACAAACGGACAGUUGAGUACAUUUUGAGUCCAACGUGUUCACUAGAGCAGAGACUAGAAACAAGACUAGUCUUUCCUUCGAGCCUCGGUUUGGUCACAUUGUUUUGAAUGGAGGAACAACAAGAUGGCUUCGUCUAGUCCAAUUGCAAUUUGAAUAAAAAAAAACUUUUGCAAACAAUGCCAUAUGGAUGGAGGCGAAGUGAGCACAACCGGAUAGUUCAUUACAUUUUGAGUCAGAUGUUUGCACAAGAGCAAAGACGAGGAACCAGACUAGUCUGUCCUUCGAGCCUCGGUUCCGAUCACAUUGUUUUGAAUGGAGGAGCAACAAGAAUUUCGCAUCCAGAUGAAUUCCAGUCGCAAUUUGUAUAAAGAACUUUUGUCGGCGGGGAUCCCAAUUUAUAUUUUCAUGCCAGGUCUGUUUUUGUUUGUUCAGCUGGAACACAUCUCAGAGAUAUAAUCCAUUAAAAGGAUUCCUGCCCGCAUCAUCUAAACGCCAAGUAAAGGCUGAGAUAAUACCUUAUACUUUUACUGACCUGCACAAAAAUGAGAGUAUACUAUAAAUAAAUGACAAUUAGAAAAAGGCUUUAGAGGGAUUAUGGAUCCAAUAUUUUAAACAGCACGUGGAGUUAAUAAAUCUCCCAGUCGAGUAUUUACACACUCUAUGCGGACUGUUCGUGCGAAAAAAACGUCAAGGUCAUUACUCUAUUGAUUUGCUGGUUCUUUUGUUGUCACCUACGCAACAAUGUCCAACCGGCUGUUGGGGGCUGGCCAGGAUUGCAACUCCAGCUAUUCACCUUUUUAUAACGAGCGUGCAAAAACGUGUUAAUGUUUUCACCGUCACUCUGCAAAAUGAAAUGCAUUCCAGUGAGUAAUUUGUCUUGUCCAUGGCUUCGCGAUAAAAAUGACCAGGACUGCAACUCUUGCCGUUCACCAUUUCAUAACGAGCAUGCAAGAGCGUGUUGACAAUAGUUUCACGCUCGGCUAAACGAAACAAAUUUCAGUGAGUACUAUUUCAUGUCGACGGUGGGUGAACUGUGUGUGGUCCGCACUAAAAUUGACCAGGACUGCAACUAUAGCCAUUCACCAUUUCAUAACGGGCAUGCGAAAUGUGUUAACAAUGAUUUCACGCUCCGCAAAAUGAAACAUCAGUAAUAUUUCAUGUUGACGGCUGGUGAACUAUGUGUGAUCGGCGAUAAAACAUGGAUGAGGCCAUCGAAAUGACUGAGCAGUACGGAAAACUGAGCUAUGAAACUCAGAGAAGAGUUCAAACAUUGAAUUCUUCGAGCACGGUCAGGGAAACCUGCCUCAAUGAUUGUACCUGCCAUGAAGUUGCGUCGAGCAUGACUGCUAAACUAGACGAGGCGUUGCAGACGAUGGUUGCCAUGGGAACUAGAAUAACAAGCCUCGAGGUGAAACUCCAAGAGACGACGUAUUUGGUUCUGGAUCAGAGCCGCGAGAUCGAGGAACUGAAAGUGAGCUGUUCGUUCUUUCGGAACCAGUAUAAGAAGGCGUUUAUGUGUCUUAAGAUCAACGGCAAUGUUGACUACAGGGAGGGUACUAACCAUGGUAUUCAAAGGAUCGUCAUUCCACAAGAAACGGAGAAGAAGGCUAAGAUGCUGCAGGAUAUCCCAGAACUGACCGAAGAUGACCAGUCAUGCGAGACAUUCGUCGCCGAGUUCUUUAAAGGAAUUACAAAUCAAGAUGACAAGGUUCAACAAGGAUGCCAGGUGUCUGCUCAAGGAAAAGACGACAAUGACUUGGAGCAAGCGGUGAAGAGUCUACAACUUGGCCCCAGUGACAUUGACUCUGUGUCAUGUUUGGAUUGUAUGCUGCAAGCUCUGGAACAGGAUGUUGAAGAGUCCAGCGCUCGGCUUCUGAGUCUGGGAUCGGUGACUGUUCUAGCCGAGCAGCUGAAGAAGACGGACAAGGAAGACUAUCUUAGCAGACUCAGUCACAUCAUCGCGGAGAUGGCCAAAAACGAGAGUAUCCGCGAUCCGUUUGUAGACGCUGGUGUUAUCCCAACGCUGAAUGGUCUUCUUUCACACAGGGACACGGACGUAGUGGUGCAGGUCUGCAGGGCCCUGGGCAAUAUCUGCUGUGAUCACGACAAAGCUAGACAAGCCAUCCACGAUUCAGAGGGAGUAGAACGAUUGCUGGAAUUGCUGAAAUCAAGAGCAACACCUGACACUAUCUUAGCCAAUCAGAAGGUCCGAGUGGUUGCCAGUGGUUACCUAAUGAAUCUCACCUAUGCAAAUGGUACGCUACAAACCAAAGUACGAGUAGAAGGAGGUGUUGGUGUGAUGGUGACAUUGAUGAGUAACUUCCCAGAUGACAUCAAUCUCUGUGGGAAGAUCAUCAUGUGCAUCGGCAACAUCGCUGAGCUCGAAGAGAACAAGGAGGUCUUUGUGAAUAGUGGAAUCACCGAACUUCUCAUCAAAGCAUUAAAGAUUGUCGGAGAUGAUGAACAGUUAGAGACAAUCUUUGAGGUCAUAGCAACUUUAGCUGAGAAUGACGCCAUGAAGCUGGAGUUCGCCAAGGGCAAUCUCGUUGACAUUAUUCAGGAACAAGUGGCAAAGUUCUCGGACCACGAGAUCGCCCAAGGUAGCCAACCAGAUGACGAGUUCGAUAUCGAGAGAGUCGCCAGUGACAUCAUCAUUCUACUGCUUACUGGAGAUGAGAGUAUGAAGUACCUUUUCAACAAUGGUCAAAGUUCACUGUUUAAGAAGGUCAUGUCGGACUGGGUCAGCUCUCCAUGUGACCUCUACCAAAUAUCCGGUGCGCUGGCCAUCGGCAACUUCGCAAGAAAUGAUGAGCAUUGUAUACGUCUUGUAGAGCUCGGAGUCCUAGAGCCUCUUCUCAAACUCUUGAAGAGACCAGAAGGAGAGGAUUUGGAUAUGAGACUUGGUCACGCAGUCCUCAGCGCUCUAAAGAAUCUUGCCAUUCCUAAGGUCAACAAGCCACUGCUGUUGAAGACUGGUAUCAUUGAAGUGAUUCUACCCCUACUGAAGCUAGACAUGCACCCGGUUGUCUUUAAACUACUCGGCACUUGCAGAAUGCUCAUAGACGGACAGGGAGAAACGGCCGUUUCAUUGGGUCAAAAUGUAGAGUUCAUCGAUAGAGUUGCUGAUCUAUGUGACUGUGAGAUACAUGCAGGGGUCUCGGGAGAAGCUAACAGACUGUUAGCGGCCCUCAUCAAGCACUCCGCUAACACCCAAGUCAUGCAUUGCAUCAUCGAACAUGGCGGGAUGUCUCGACUGGUUGCCAUGGCAAUGAGCGAGCACACGCUGAUGCAAAACGAGGCACUAAUAGCCCUCACACUACUGUCUUCUACACAACUCGACAAUGAGGCCGUGCAAGCUUUCAUGGAUGCCAAUCUCCUAGCGAUGGUGAGCCGGGUCCUAAAAUCAAACCAAACCACCCCUGAAAUCCAGUGCAAUGUUCUAUCCCUGGUGGGUUUUUUAUCACAAUCAGAUGUUUUAAAGGCUGCAAUGAUCCAGGACAACUUAAUGUCUGUUAUCGACACGCUGGCAACUAGUAACUGCGAGUUGCUCAAAAGGAAAGCUGUGAAUGUCCGCGAACAUUUUACAUGAGCGAGAUGAACUCUUUCCAGAAAAAAAACUUUGAAAGACUUGAAGGCUGUCGAUAGCCAUGGAAUUAUUCCAGUGUGGAACAGGAUUUUGGAAGUGAGAGUGGCUCCAGAUACUUGGCGGGGCUGUUUGGAUUUUUUUUUUAGGAGAGUGUCUUCUGCAUGUUUUGCUACUGUAUGAAACCUUCACAGAUGGAAGCUACUUAUGGGGUAUCUUCAGUUGGAGAUGGAAGCAACGCCCAAGUUUGAGUUGCACGGUAAAUUUCAACAGAACUUUUUCAACUGUAAUUGCAUGUGGGUCGACUCGACCACGUCGCCAUUGAAAAAAGGAAUCUCUCUCGUCUUCAGAAUAUUUGAUGCACUCAACGAGCUGAUAAAAUCGUCUUAAUUUGAAUAAGUCGGUAGACAUAACGAUGAUAAAUCCAUAUUAUAUUCCUCUUUUACAAAUUGCAUGUGCAAUAGACUGAAGCGCUUUGCUGUGAAUAGCAGGGCGGGAGUUCACGAUGCCGGUCUGAUAGUGCAUGUUGUAAUUCACGUUAUCGGCAGGCGCACAUUGAAGAACUGAAGAUUUGUUGUUGGAAAUGCGGGAAGUUUGGGAAACUUUAUUUCAUUAUCGGACUGAAAGCUAACAAUUUGAAAUGAGUAUUAAGUGAACAGAAUAUGAUAUUAUUUACUCAUGUUGGAGUCUGUUAUGUUUGGGAUUAACUUUACCCCAGUCAGCGGCUGUAUUUCAUCUGUUGGACCCAGCAGGCAUAAUGUUCGUCUGUUUUCCAAAAAUCUGAAAAAUUGUGAUUAAAUAGUAGUCUGAAAUGUCAUAUUAAAGCCUACACGAUGUGUGCAUGUAGGUCUCCCCAUGUACUCAAUAAAAUAUUCCUACAUUUUUCUCAAGGACCAAUUAUCAUUCCUAGUCCAGACAAACCAGAGAACUUGUUCAAGGGUAAAUAUGUAAUUGACCAAGACUUUCCAGUGAUGUUGGCAUUAAACGACAUUUAAUGUGGUUAAUUCUUAGGCCAUUGUAGGCCAUAGUGCCCUCAUAAAUAGCUGAGUUCUCUGGGCCCCCUUGAAGUUAACUGCUGAUAAAAAAAAAUACAUUUAAAAAAUAUGAAACUUAAUCAUUCUUGCCAAUGUAAUCUCUAUUUAAGAUUUGUGCGUGUACUUAAUAUAAAAAAGAGUCGCAUAGUACAGGCUACUCCUAACCCAAUUUAAUAGAGAUGCUUAAAGGCAGUGGACACUAUUGGUUAUUGUCAAAGACUAGCCUUCACAGUUGGUGUAUCUCAACAUAUGCA